AGAAUUUACCUACUUUAUCGGUAGGGCUUUUUAAUGCUAAAUAAUAGACAGCUUUGCGGGAUUUGUACAAAGAUAGAAACAAGUGGUCUGAAAAACGUGGACGAUACUAUUUAACGUCUUCCAAGAGAACCGGCCAGGCGAUGAGAAACAAAUUUGUGAGGCCGCUCAAGGUGUGGCUGUGACUGUUGACCCGAGCAGAGGAGACCGUGCCCCCCCCCCCCUCCCCCUCCUGUUGGCCCCUCAGGGAAAACCUCCCCCCUCCCACCACCCCUGUUUUCUCUGUUCUGAUGGCCCCCACCACACAGUGAAUUCAUGAUCACAUGACUUUGGAUAUGGACGCAGUCCUGUCCCACUUUGUCCGUUCCACAGGAGCUGAACCAGGACUGGCGAGGGAUCUGCUGGAAGGAAAGAAUUGGGAUCUCAGUGCUGCCCUGAGUGACUUCGAACAGCUACGGCAGGUGCAUGCUGGGAACCUGUCGUACUCUUUUGGGGAGGAGAGGGGACUCUACCCCUCCGAGAAGGAAAUGGCCAGAGUGGUACGGCCCCCUCUGCUCCGGCAAGAUGACGUGGUACAAGCCACGGAGAAGCGUCUGUCGCGGGGCAUCUCCCACGCCAGCUCCACCAUCGUGUCGCUGGCGCGCUCACACGUCUCCAGCACGGGGGGCAGCAGCAGCGAGCCCCUCCUGGACACGCCGCUCUGCACCUUCCAGCUGCCCAACCUCACCGUGUACCGCGACGACUUCCGCGGCUUCAUCGAGAGGGACCUCAUCGAGCAGUCCAUGAUGGUGGCCCUGGAGCACGCGGGUCGGCUGAAUUGGUGGACGCGGGUGGUGCCUAGUUGUCAGAGUCUGUUGCCGCUGGCGACGAGCGGGGACGGAAACUGCCUGCUACACGCAGCGUCUUUGGGGAUGUGGGGCUUUCAUGAUCGGGACCUGAUGCUGCGGAAGUCUCUGUACGCGCUGAUGGACCACGGGCAGGAGAGGGAGGCCCUGAGACGCAGGUGGCGCUGGCAGCAGACACAGCAGAACAAAGAGUCAGGUCUGGUGUACACUGAAGACGAGUGGCAGAAGGAGUGGAAUGAGCUGCUGAAGCUGGCCUCCAGUGAACCCCGGAUACACUACAGCACCACUAGCAGCAACUGCUCGGGGGUGGAGUCCUCGGAGGAGCCCGUGUAUGAAAGCCUGGAGGAGUUCCACGUCUUUGUUCUGGCCCACGUCCUGCGCAGACCCAUCGUGGUGGUGGCCGACACCAUGCUGAGGGACUCUGGAGGGGAGGCCUUUGCACCUAUCCCAUUCGGGGGUAUCUACCUGCCUCUGGAGGUUCCUGCCGUAAAGUGCCAUCGCUCGCCUCUGGUCCUGGCGUACGACCAGGCCCAUUUCUCGGCCCUGGUCUCCAUGGAGCAGAAAGACGGCUCCAAAGAUCAAGCUGUGAUCCCACUGACGGACUCUGAGCAUAAGAUGCUGCCCGUGCACUUUGCUGUGGACCCGGGGAGGGAUUGGGAGUGGGGGAAGGACGACAUGGACAACGUGAUGCUGGCAAGCGUCACUCUGUCAUUAGAGGCGAAGCUGCACUUGUUGCACACCUACAUGACGGUAACAUGGCUCCCGCUGCCCUGUGACGUGCAGCAGGCUCCGCUGGCCCAGCCAGAGUCACCCACAGCCUCUGCCGGAGACGAUGCCCGGACACCUCCGGACUCGGGCGAGUCGGACAAGGAGUCGGUCUGUAGCAGCACCAACGGUAACUGUGACAGCAGUGCAGCCAAUGGGAGCGGAGCGACGACCAAGGCGGGCGGGGGCUCGUCUAGCUCGUCCAGCUCGUCCAGCUCCAGCUCGGGGGGGACGGGCACCGGGACGGGCAACAAGGAGAAGGCCAAGAAGGACAAGGACAAAGACAAGGACAAAGACAAGGACAAAAAGAGGGCCGACUCUGUGGCCAACAAGCUGGGCAGCUUCGGCAAGAGCCUGGGCAGCAAGCUGAAGAAGAACAUGGGCGGGUUAAUGACGGGCAAGGGGGCGGUGGGGGCCGGGGCCAAGCAGGCCGGGGAGAGCCAGGAGAAGAAGAAGAAGGGCUCUCUGAAGGGACGGAAGGGCAGCAAGGAAGGCUCGCCCUCUGCCCACGGAGGCUCAGAGGAUUCUGGGAAGGACUCGCCGUCCUCGGGCAGCGAGCGGCAGAAGGCGGACGGGUGUGGCGGAGGGGACGCCUCCAGGUACGGCGCCGAGGUGAAGGUGAGCCUGGGCAUCCUGCGGGCCGCCAUGCAGGGCGAGAGGAAGUUCAUCUUCGCCAGCCUCCUCACCACCAGCAACCGGCAGCCCUUCCAGGAGGAGAUGAUCCAGCGCUACCUGGCCGACGCAGAGGAGCGCUUCCGGGUGGAGCAGGAGCAGCGGCGGGAGGCGGAGAGGAAGGGUGGGGUAGGGGUGGCGGGGGUGCCCCCCGGGGCCCAGCCCAAGAAGGAGGGGGUGGAGCCAGGCUACCGCUGCUAUGAGCCUCGAGACGACCUCGGCGACGGCUCCCCGCCCUCCUUCAACCACCUCAAAGCCUCGGCCUUCAGCCCUGCCGUCUACUCUGGCGUGGUGCCCAUCCCCCGGCCCACUGUCAUCGACAGGACCCCCGCCUCGCUCUCCCCCCACCUGCCCUCGCCCGUCUACGUGGACUCGCGCCGGCAGCUGGCAGGCGGGUACCCCGGCCUGCCCUCCUACGUCACCCUCCCCCGCCACUGCCCCCUGGCGCAGGGCCCACCCCGCACCCAGUACCACCCCCCCAGCCUGGGCAGUCCCGCCCGUGCUGCCCCCAGCCUCGCCCCCUACCCCCUGGCGCAGAUACCCCCGGACUACCCCUUGGAGCCCCUGAGGGCAGGGGACACGGGCCCCGGCUACAGCAACGGCUUCCGCGAGGCACGCUCGGGCUCAGAGGGCAGGAGCGGACCCCCGCCCGUCAGGCACUACUCUCUGGGCAGUGCUGGGGGCCUGGGCGGCUCCUCCAAAUGCAAAACUCCCAGCUGCAACUACUACGGCCACCCGGAGACGGGCCAUUACUGCUCAUACUGCUAUCGGGAGGAGCUGAAGAGGAGGGAGGCAGAACCGCCCAUCCACCGGUUCUGAACGGACACGGCCCAGGCCACCCCCCUCUCAGUCAUUCUGUCUGUCUGUCUGUCUCUGCGUCCCUCUCUCCGAUUCUGCUGUUCGAUCGUAUUAACCCAGCCCCUCCAGUAAGCCACGUCACGUCCGGGUUAGAAGGGAGUGCCACACAGCCUUUUUAACUGGAAUGCAAUAAUGAUGAUGAUGAUGUUAUCAGUGUGUGGAAGGGGCAAGCGUAGGGUAAUGUCUCGUGGCAGCCGGGGAAUAAAGGCGUGUUACUGUAGCUGUGGUCCGUACUGUACCAGGAAUCGGGUGAGAACUGAACCUGCUUUCAGGCUGCUCUGCAGUCAGUGCUCGACUGCUCCUCCUGGUGGAGAGAAUGCCAGCCAGCAAACACAAAAUACCGAGCACAACUGACUGCAAUGCACCGCUUUUCCUCUCCCUCACACAUACACAUGCACGUGUGCACGCAUACACACACGCACCCACACACAGGCACAGAUACACACACACACAGGCACAGAUACACACAUACACACACACACACACACACACACAGAGGCACAGAUACACACACACACACACACACACACACAUAUACGCACCAAACAACCAGAAACUGCUUAUGGUACAGCUGCAUAUUCUGUCUUUUCUAGGUUAACGAUAUUCAUAUAGGCUUUAAUAACACACAGGCUAUUGCGUUUCCCCCUGCACUGUCCAUCAGUACAAAUACGAGUGAUUACUCUUUGUGGACAUCAGAGAUGGGAGCCCAAACAGACCUAACCUGUGAAAAUGACAAAGCAGUACACGUUUAUUGCAUGCUUUGUUCUACUGCCAUAGAAUGCAAGUUAAAAUGGAAUGGAACAUUCUCUGAAGCGGAGAGCUAUGCAACAGUGCUGGGUUAACAUUACACACACCCUUUCAUUACCACAGAUAAUGAUAACAAACAGUGCUCACUAUCAUUUAAGGCGUGCCUUUUGUUACAGAAUGGUGCUGUCCUACACAAACAUCUCGCUCUCUGUUGACUGCACUUUGGCGUAGCUCAAAGCACAUAUGUUAACUUUCUAUCGAGCAUUUUAAUGAAGUAGGAGUUCCCACCCGAUUCCCUGGAGAAUUUUGCAGAAAUUGACUUUGAGCACAACUGACUGCUACUUGUGGGUGUUUUGUGUGGAACAAAUGACCACACUGCCUAUGACAGACAAACCCAAACUAGCCAAUUUUGCUCUUCACAUUUUUUUUAUGUGUAUGCGUGUGUGUUGGCAAACGAGCAGUAUUUUAACGGAUGUGGCUUUUAUGCAAUUUAGCUUCGGACAGAAAGUGCUUAUAAUGGCCCGUUUUAAAGGCGAGUUUGAGAAAGCCGUGCGAUUGGGACAGGCUGCUGGUAUUACUAGUGUAAUAGGACACGGGGGUGUCCUAAAGUUCCUGUCCAGGUGACUGAAUGUUAUUUUAACCAUGUAUAAAUAGAAGGAUGUUGAAUCACACACUGUGUAAUACUGCUGGAUAUUUUGAGAUCCUUGAACUUGCGCCCGUGCUUUUCAAUAAUCAUGAGUCGGUUAUUUAUUUUGCAUGGCUGUGGCAUUCAGCAAUCUCCUUAAAGCAGCCAUCUUGGAAAUAUUAUUUUAUUCUGGUUGUUGAAUUUGGCAAGAUUGCAGUAUGUCCAAGAUGACCUCUAUGCAUUCAGUUCUCAUGGUCCCUGUUAAGGUGAAUAUAUUCAUAGCAAUUAUAUAAAGAGUGCUUCAGGGUGUACCAUAUAUUAGGUAUGUGAUUGUCCUGGUCUGGAGGUGUAUGCGUUGGUCCAGCAUAACUGGAGUACGAACAUGUCAAAUUAAGGGAGUACACAUUGUUACAGGAGAUUGAAGGCACAUGAUGGUGUGCACUGUACAUGCCUUCCAGUGCAGUCCAGGGCCCCCUAGGACAGUGCAGAACGGUUCCCCUGACUGGCAGCACUCACUAGAGCUCUUUCUGCACAAACCCAGCACUUUUAUAAGGGGCAGACACUUAGGAGCUGUACGCAUCAGGUCUGCUAGACUGCUCUGCUGCUGUGCUAUAGGGCCUUUCCCAGCACUGCAGAGUCUGGCUCUACUGGGGGUCAGUGUGGCUUUGGGUGCCACUCAAUAGCAUGUUUAGCCUUGUCCGUGUCUCUCUGCCCUGCCCUGCUCUGACUGCUGCAAGGAAUUCUGUCCCUCUUCACCUCUUAUUUUAUGCUGUUUCACAAGGUUUUUGACAUUUGUUCCUAUGUGCACUAAACGUUACACUGUGCGGAGAUGUUCUGGUUGGUUUACAGCAGUGUUGUGUCGCUGCACUGUAUUUACCCAGUUGUUGUUUUUCCUUGUUCAUCGUUUUUCGUGUUCAUCGUAGCGCUAGCAUGUACCUUGCAGUGGCAUCAGUAUUGAGAUCAUCACAUUUUUGCGAUCCUUCCUGUUUUUUGUUUUUUUUCCAUUUGAAGAUAAGAAGGCACCCAAGGCUUCUCAGAUGGAAAGUACUAGGUUAAAUGUUUUUGUCUGAUUUGCAACACAUUUGAGGUUUCACCCGUUCAUAUAAGUUGAUUAAGUUACCUGUAGCUCAAUAAGCAACAGGAAUGGAUUCUAAAACCCAAAGACAUCCGUAAUUGGAAAGCGAGUGAGUUUGAAUACAGUGUAUUUGGGGAUGUGUACUUUCUUACAAUAGGUAUCCUUAUGUAAGCUUUUCAAGUGGGUGUGUGUAGUUCCUGCUAUUAUCAAUAAUUAUGCAUAGUCUGGGCUGUGUAGCAAAAGCUACAUUUAGACUGAAUUCUCACAUGUAGUCUUCUGCUCCUUACUGCAGGUUCCUGUGGCAAAAGGCUACGCCUCAUUCCAAUACAGUUCAGCAAUAUAGUGCCAGUAGGGGGCACACUUGCACUGUUCUUCAGUGUUAAACAAUGUAGUGCACUGCUGGUAAUGGGUGGAAAAUGUGUUGAAUGUGUCUUGGAUAAAGUCACAGAUUCCAUUUAAAUAUGUAUACUUCUUAGCAGUUUGAUAGAAAGGAUACACGUUUGGGCCUUGAAGGUGUAUAUUAGGGGACAGUAGCAUGAGGAAGAGAGUUUGAUAUAAAACCUUAUCUCAUUUAUUUAGGCCAUAUUCUCCUCCAAAUACAGCUUAAUUGAGCUAGAAUCAUACCCUUUGUGUUUUUGGAAACAAAAACAUGAUUCCUAGAAAGUCGUAAGUCCCAAAGUAUUUGUGUGUGUGUGUGUGUGUGUGUGUGUACUUGUGUGCACACAUUGUAUCUGUAUAAAGUCAGCUUUCAGCUGAAACAGCAUAACCAGUGGGGUUUCAAAAGUGUGAUGAUUGCUUAGUUUUUAAAAUUCCUUUCUUGCGUGUGCAUUUUUGUUUUACUUUAUAAUUACAGCUAACAACAGCAGCAACAACAAACGGAUUCCAUUCACUCAAGGAAUGGAAAGCUUAAGAUUUGAUUUCAGUACUUUUAACUUCAAGACUGCAAACAGAUUUUUUGUAUUUGAACAAAAAAGUUGUAAAAAUGUUAUCUUCAAGUUAUUUUUUUAAAAAUUAAACAAUGUUUUACAGUGUUUUUAAAGAUUGCUAAGAAUGUAAAUUGUUGGACACUACGGACACAAACAACAGAGUAAAGGACUGCGUUUCUGGCAGGAGCCUGAGCUGGUUUCUGAAUUGGUGAUCACUGGGAAUGGACACUGACUUUCAGCCAUGACACACAUGGCCUCUCCAAUGUAAGGUUUCCAGUGAUCAAGCUAAUUCGCUCAUUGACAAACUGACAUGGUGAAAAUGCUUGAGUGUGUACGUAUGGUCAGAUUUCUCAGUAAUUUUUUGUUUGGAAUGUUCAUUUUAAGGAAUCGAGGAUGCUCACCCAUGUCUUCAUUGUAUUGUUCUUUGUUGAUCAUUGUUGAGCAGACCUGUUUGGGAGGGGAAAGGGAUGUUGAACUAUUGCAUACUGACUACAGUUAUGAAGUAUGGACAUGUUUAACAACCAAAGCUCUUACAGAAAUCUCCUUUUUAGGGAUGUGUUUGCUUUGAUUUUAUUAAUACUACAUAGCUGACCCGAUAUUUAUGUUUUGCACAUUUUGGUCUUUGGUCAUGGCAGACAGGGACCUCAUUGAUUGAACAACCUAACAUGGCAUAUUUUAGUUUGCAUUGUACUGAAACUUUUGCAUGGAAAUGGCAUACGCAAACAAUUUUAACCAAAUAUGUCGCUAUUUUAGCUGUAUCAGUUAAACAAAUUGGGCUAACCCUGUUCAUUUUGCCCCGAUUUAGUGUCAUUUUCUAAAGGUUAGAUGAUCUCAGGCUGUGAGGCAAGGCAAUCUGGAAGGACAGAACACAUAGUUUUAUGCCCUCAAAGUGUUUUGCGUCAUUGAAUAAAUUCACAUUUUCUUUCA